UAGCUGUCGUGGGAUGAAUUAUUUCUGGCCCACCCUCGUUGCCUUCACUCAUUCAUAAGCUCACACAGCUCCAAAAUCCCUAGAACAAGCCCUCCGCUUUCUUCCUCCUCCUCCAUCCCAAUCUCUCUCUCCCUCCCCUUCUCUCUCCUUCUCCACCUGCAUUCUCCUCAGAUCUCAAGGUGGACGUUUCUGUAAAACCUACUUUCAGUCUCGCCUGAGAAUAACAGAGAUAUUGAGGGAGUGUUGUAGUUGAAGAGAGCUUGAUCGAUAGUGUGGCAUUUGGUUUCUCGUAUGCCUCAUGUGAGAUGAAGAGGAAGGUCUAUUUCCCUCUUCUCAUUGCCUUCUUCUUAGGCACACUUUCUCUCUGUGUCUCCGCCGAUGUUCCCAUUACCAGCCAUGGAGCUCUCACUGAUGCUGAGGCCAUGUAUAUCAGGCAACGUCAGCUUCUUUACUACAGAGACGAGUUCGGCGACAGGGGAGAACACGUCACUGUCGAUCCUUCUCUGGUUUUCGAGAACAAUCGCAUAAAAAAUGCUUAUAUGGCUUUACAAGCUUGGAAGCAAGCCAUUCUUUCCGAUCCGAACAAUUGUACGCUCAAUUGGGUUGGAGCAAAUGUCUGUGACUAUAGCAACGUUUUCUGUGCUCCGGCGAUUGACAACCCGAAGGUUCGUACUGUUGCUGGCAUUGAUCUCAACCACUGCGACAUUGCUGGGUACUUGCCGGAAGAGCUUGGACUACUCGCGGAUCUUGCUCUCCUCCACAUCAACACCAACAGGUUCUGUGGUACUGUUCCUCACAAGUUUGAUAGACUGAAGCUCCUGUUUGAACUGGAUCUCAGCAACAAUAGGUUCGCUGGGAAGUUCCCCACGGUGGUUCUGAGGCUUCCCGCUCUCAAGUUCUUGGAUCUGAGAUUCAAUGAAUUUGAAGGGACAGUGCCUAGAGAGCUUUUUGAUAAGGAUCUGGACGCUAUCUUUAUAAACAACAAUCGGUUUGUGUUCGAUCUUCCCGACAAUUUCGGCAACUCUCCGGUGUCGGUCAUUGUCGUAGCCAACAACAAGUUCCAUGGCUGUCUCCCAGCGAGCUUGGGCAACAUGACAAACCUUAAUGAGAUCAUUCUGUUGAAUAAUGCCCUCCGUUCAUGCUUGCCUUCAGAGAUUGGGUUACUGAAGAACUUGACAGUGUUCGAUGUGAGCUUCAAUCAGCUCUUGGGUCCCUUGCCAGAUACCAUCGGAGGCAUGGUGAGCCUUGAGCAGUUGAAUGUAGCUCACAAUUUGCUUUCUGGGAAAAUUCCAGGGAGCAUUUGUAUGCUGCCAAACCUGCAGAACUUCACAUAUUCAUAUAACUUCUUCACUGGUGAGCCCCCGUCGUGCCUCAGUUUGCCGUCGUUCGAUGAUCGGAGAAACUGCUUGCCGGCGAGGCCAUUACAGAGGUCAGCCGCACAAUGCAAAGCUUUCUUAUCAAGGCCUGUUGACUGUAACUCGUUUAAAUGUAAGCCAUUUGUUCCAUCGGUUCCUCCGCCUCCCAACCCUUCCCCUCCGAUACCGGUACCUUCCCCACCACCCGUUGUCGUCCCUUCACCUCCUCCCUCACCAGUAUUUGUUCCACACUCUCCGCCUCCACCUUCCCCGCCACCUCCAGUAUAUUCGCCCCCACCGCCUCCUCCGUCGCCACCUCCGCCAGUCUACUCACCACCACCUCCUCCGCCAGUCUACUCUCCACCACCUCCUCCGCCUUCACCACCCCCACCGUCACCUCCCCCACCUUCACCUCCUCCGCCAGUCUAUUCUCCACCGCCGCCGCCACCGUCACCUCCACCUCCCUCACCACCCCCGCCAGUCUAUUCACCACCACCACCACCACCGUCCCCGCCGCCACCUUCACCUCCACCUCCUUCUCCAUCCCCGCCACCACCUUCACCUCCCCCUCCAUCUCCUCCACCACCUUCACCUACUCCAACGCCACCAUACUGCGUCCGUUCUCCACCGCCACCGCCACCAAAUUCACCACCACCACCACCACCGUCUCCUGUAUUCUACCCUCCACCGACAUACAGCUCGCCUCCGCCACCUCAUCACUCACCUCCGCCACCUCCCCACUCUCCUCCACCUCCUCCUCACUCACCUCCGCCGCCUAUUUAUCCCAUUUAUACACCACCACCUCCUCCAGUCUAUUCUCCUCCUCCCCCUGUCCAUUCACCACCCCCACCAUCUCCCCCACCGUGUAUAGAACCACCACCACCUCCACCACCUUGUGAAGAGCAUCAACCGCCGCCACCUUCCCCCACACCUUAUUUACCACCUCCCUCCCCAUCUCCCCCUCCACCACCAGCUCCUGUUCACUACAGUUCUCCACCGCCGCCACCUGUUCAGUACAAUUCGCCGCCGCCGCCCCCGCCCGCAGUUCACUAUGGUUCUCCCCCACCACCAGUGUACCAUUCUCCUCCACCGCCAUCACCGCCUCCCUGUGAAGAAUCUCCGCCUGCCCCGUCCCCACCUCCACCGGUCACGUACGGAAACCCUCCACCUGCUCCUGUAUAUGAAGGGCCUUUGCCACCUGUCUUCGGAGUCUCUUACGCAUCUCCACCUCCACCACCCUUCUAUUGAUUCUUUUGAGAACUUUUCUCCUCUAUCCUUCCUUCCAUAAAAAAAAUUCAGACAUUGUCGGCAAUAUCUUUUAUACCCUCUUCCUGUACUUCAUCGACUCUGUUCUCUAUCACAACGCGACUCUCGUCGCUCAUGGAGGAAAAAUAAACAAAGUGAGAAUGGUUUGUACAACACUGAGUUAGUCAUAGUCUCCAGUAUUGUUCUUGUUUGGAUGCCAUCAAUAGUCAGUCAUAAAAGGACGCACAGAGAAGAGGUCAGAGUAGUUAAUGAGUGAGGUAUGAGGAGAAAGUCUCUCUAUAUUGAUUUGAAUUGUUAUGAACGAGUUGUGAAAUAAAAAAAAUUGCAGAGAAAAAGAGUAGGUUGCAUAGGGAUGAAAUGGAGACCAUAAUUUCAGGGCUGCAAAGACGGUAGCACUUUCUGCUGCUGCAUCUUGUUUGUGGGUUUAUUGUUAAUGUCUCUUAUAAUUAUACUUUUACUUUUGUUU